ACCGGGGGAGUCAGUGUCCUACAUAAAGAGUCAGACAGAUUAGCCCGCUCAGAUGAGGGCUUAUUCCUUCUCUGGACCUUCUCCAGGAAAAAAAGCCAUGGCUAAAGGACUAGGGACCCAGCAAACUGCACCCCGGCGAUGGGCCUGCUUCUUGGCUGCCCUGUCACUGCUGUGUCUGGCUGUCCAAGCAGUCCAGAAGGCAGAUGCCAUUGGGGAUCCCACAGCGGCUACCAUCAACCAUUCACACUUACUGCUGAAGCGGCUUCAAGAGCUUCUGCUCAACGGGAACACCAGCGACACCACCCUGAGGGUCCACACGGCUGGCUCUGAUGAAAUUAAAGUCUUUCACACCCACCAGCUGAUGCUCAGCUUACAAAGCGAGACCUUUGAGACUCUAUUGCAGAACCAGACGGUGCUUGACUUACACGAGCCACCUGACAAUGUGGCCCUUUUUGAAAAGUUCAUCAGGUAUCUGUAUUGUGGUGAGAUCUUCAUAUUCCUCCACGAAGCCAUCCCACUUCAUCGUCUAGCCAGUAAAUACCACGUGUCCAGUUUGCAGCGAGGGAUAGCGGAGUAUAUGAGGGGCCACUUGGCUAGUGAAUCAAGCCAAGGCCAUGUGGUGGGAUGGUACCAUUACGCAGUGGGGAUCGGUGACGAGGCUCUGCAGGAGAGCUGCCUCCAGUUUCUGGCCUGGAACUUCUCUGCUGUCAUGAGUAGUCCUGAAUGGGCCUCUGUAAGCCUAGAGUUGCUGCUACUAUUGCUUGAAAGGUCUGACCUAGUCCUCCAAAGUGAACUGGAGUUGUACGCAGGUGUAGAGAAGUGGAUUACCACAUAUCAGCCUGAGGACCCUGUAGUGGAGAAGAUCCUGAGAUCCCUGCGUUAUCCUAUGAUCUCCCCUAGCCAUCUUUUCCACCUGCAGAAACAGUCUCCUGUGAUGGUGAAACACUACAGCACUGUGCAAGAUCUGCUCUUCCAAGCCUUCCAGUUCCAUUCAGCUUCCCCAAUCUAUUUUGCCAAAUACUUUGAUGUCAACUGUAGUAUGUUCCUGCCCCGUAACUACCUCUCCCUCUCUUGGGGGUCCCAGUGGGUCAUUAAUAACCCUGCUCGAGAUGACCGUAGUACCAGUUUCCAGACCCAGCUAGGCCCCAGCAACCAUGAUUCUGCCAAGAGAGUGACAUGGAACGUCUUGUUCUCUCCUCGUUGGCUCCCGGUGAGCCUACGUCCUGUCUAUUCCGACUCGGUCUCUGGAGCCAUCCAACCUAUCAGAAUCGAGGAUGGACGUCCCCGCCUGGUUAUCACUCCAGCCACAACCAGCUCAGAUUUUGCAGGCGUCAGUUUCCAGAAGACCAUUCUGGUGGGCGUCAGGCAGCAGGGCAAACUCUUUGUCAAACACACCUAUAACUUCCACCAGAGCACAGAUGAAGUUGCCGAUUUCCUGAUAUAUGCCGACUUGCAGAAACGCUCCUCCGAAUACCUGAUUGACAACUCUUUGCAUUUGCAUAUCAUUGUAAAGCCUGUCUACCACUCACUCAUCAAGAUCAAAAAGUAGAAGGGAGAUGGGGAAGACACAACUGGACACAUCAUGGGAAGAGAACCGCUGGUUGCAUUGGAGGAUGGCAGCGAUUCUACCAUUCAGUAUUAAAGUGUCUGAUGCAGGCUCUCUCUGCAUCUUUAAGUCAUAUUGGCCCUGCUGGAGAAGCUCUGAUAAUUCAUUGUACAAAACAAGCUUCCUUUGAAUCUGAGGACUUUGUUUUCUAAAAGGCAAUUAAUCAGGGAGUGGAGGGUUCUCUUAUCUGUCUUUCCAUUGUCUUAAGAUUUUAACUCCCUCCCAUUUGAAGAGACUCAGGUAGAACUGGAGAUUCUCAUGGUGCUUUGGAAUAGGUAAUUAUCAAAGAUGUCACAUAGAUUUUUUUUUUUGAUCUUUAUCACCUAAUUAGAAGCUGCCUUAUGUUCCCCUUGUUUCCCCAUGAGAUUUUGUUCCCUUGAGAUAAUUACAAACUGAUAUCCUGACAGAAAAACCCCUUUGGAAUUAGAUUGAAAUAUCCUGACAGAAAAACCCCUUUGGAAUUAGAUUGAAAUUGGUGUGUGGUUAUUCUUCUGUCUACCUUCAGAUUUCCCUUGCUUCCUCUAGUACUUUACAUACCAACUGCAGGGAAUUUCCAUGGAGAUAAUGUUAUGUGUGAAUUAGGAUGUAGUUCCCUGAAUCAGUUGAACAUGGUUCUGCAAUAUGGAUUUCUGCUAGUUUUGUAUUGGAAGUGUUAUUGUUACUUGGCCUAUUGUCUCCUUAGUCAUGGAGAUUCUGCAGAUUUUUGAAACCAUAGAAAGUUCUGCAAAAAAUAAAAUAAAUUCCAUUGUU